GACAAAGUCCGUCCUAAAGAAUUAGCUGGGUCAGACAUUCAGAAUCAGAGGCGACCUAGCACUAACAACAGGAGGAAAAACAGGAGGUAAAGAAGAGAGAGAAGGAAAGAAAGGCAGUGGGAUAUGGAGUCAACAGCAUCAUUAAUAAAGUCUGUGACCAGGCGGGUGUGGUCGUUGGCCCCGGCCCCCCAGAGACCAUUCAGGGUGUGUUCCCAUGACAGGGGCACCAGGAAGGGAGUCACAGCCGCUACCCUGGAGGAGCUGAGAGAGAGGGUGUACCAGGCCCUGAUGCUUUGUCUGUCCAGUCUGGCUGUGGUGCUGGUGUGUGAGGAGGACGGGACAGUGGUGGACUCUGAAGACAUCCUGAUGUCUCUGCCUGACAACACUGUCCUCAUGGCCCUGGAACCUGGACAGACAUGGAAACCCCCUUUGGGUGCAGUGCUCUCAAAAGUCCAAGAUCCCAGCCAGCCGCGGACAGGAAGAGACAUAGCCCGCGUGACCUUUGACCUGUACCGGCAGAACCCCAAGGACGUGUUUGGCUCCCUGAACGUGAAGGGCACCUUCUCAGGCCGGUACUCUGUCAGCGCUGACUUCAAAUGUCUGGGGCCCAAAAAAGUCCUCAGAGAGGCCCUCCGCAUGGCCUCCACCCUCCUCCAGGUGGCAGGUCACAUGUUGAUCACCUCAGCCAAUCUGAUCAAGCGGAUCAUCGAGGGAGCAGAGUUCUGGCAGCCCCAGAGGGUGGAGGCCGCAGAGUGCUGGAACUAAGGCAGUACUGGGACUGACCGCUCUCUAAUGACCAAAUUAAUCCUAACUUGAGUGUAUGUUUAUGAUUGAGUUAUGCAAGGUUGUGAGUUGUGAUCAAACAGGAGGAUAAUUACACAUUGUUUAGCUUUUUUAUAAGGUUAGUUAUAAAAUAGGAUGUAUCUUUCUCUAACAAUUUUGAGAAUGUACCACGAAAAUCCACAAAUGCAAGCAAUUAAUUAAAAAAACUGAGUAUGCA